CUCUCUCCUCCCUCUCUCCCCGUCUCCCACACCUCCCCUAGUAAACAACUCCCCUUCUGCUCUCUGUUUCCUUUCUUUGUGCGCGUGGCCACGCGCUAUCUGCCAGCAUGGAUAUGAAUCAUUUAAUAGGUCAACGAUUCAACUUGAUCUCAAAGAGCGACAUUCGAUAUGUAGGCACUCUGCAUGAAAUCAACCCAGAAGCCUCGACUAUAGCCCUCGAGAAUGUCGUGUCCUUCGGAACCGAAGGUAGACGAGGCAAUCCUGCCGAGGAGAUUCCUCCGUCCGCCAGCGUCUACGAAUACAUCGUCUUCCGUGGCAGCGAUGUGAAGGAUAUCAGUGUGGCCGAGGACACAAAGGAGAAUGCGCAGCCUGAGCCGCCCCAGGUUCCUGACGAUCCUGCCAUCUUAGGUAGUGCAUCUCGACCAGGUCCUCCUCAGGGAAUCCCCCACUCCCAGCCACCGCCGCAACCUCAAGUUCCUCGUCAGAGUCCUUCAGGCUAUCCGCAACCUCAAUUCCAAGGUUUCUACCCUCCUUAUGGACAGCGCUUUGGUCCCCCUGCCUUCCCAUCUGGUCCAGGAUUUCCGAAUAUGCCAUAUGGAAUCCCUCCUGGAUGGUUCCCUCCGCCCGGACAAGGCUUUCCUCAAGGUCCAGGGCAGUUCCCUCCCCCACAUAUGCCUGUCGGAUUUGGUCAACAGCAACCACCUCGUCCUGGACCUCCUGGCGUCGGUCCCGCGGUUUCUUCCAAACCUGCAGCCGAACUUCCAAUCGGCGAAAAAACAUCUAGCAAGCCUGCUAGCCGAAAUGUCACCCCUGCGCCUGCUCCAGUGACUCAAAGUGCUCCGCCCCCACCAGUCGAAACUAAGCCGUCUGCACCAGAAGCUGUGCAACCGCCUGCUACUGCAGCAGCCGGUGGCCCCCCGGGAAUCAAUGUCCCACAGCAGACAGCACCUCCGGCCAACACCGCCGCUACUGCUGCCGCUGCUGCCGCAGUAGUCCCCUCGACGCCGGCUAAAGUGCCGCCUACUGGUCCUAGAAGCGACCGAAUCCCUCCAGCUAUCCCAAUCGCAACCCCAGUGAAGCCUGCAGCUGCGAAUAAUUCUGUGACUGGCACCCCUAACAACGUUGCUCAGGGAACUGCAUCCAAUGCUAUUACCGAAGCUACCCGUGCAGCCACUGCUGCCGUUGCUGCAGCCAUGGCCAAAUUACCACAGCCAAGUUCGCAGCAGAAACCUUCUCGCACGGAUGCCGCUGUCGAAGUUGCUACCAAGAAAUUGAGUGAAAUGAAGCCAUUUGAUAACAACCGUACCCAGCGUGGCGGCUAUCAGAAUCGUGGCGGCCGUGGUGGUCACCGGAACCAGUACCAAGGUGCCAAGAAGGUCGAAGUUCCGAACACUGAUUAUGACUUUGAAUCCGCAAAUGCAAAAUUUAACAAGCAGGAUCUAGUCAAAGAAGCCAUUGCCUCGGGAUCACCCAUGGCUGAGAACCAGGAGCACGUCCAGCACAAGGUUGAAGCGGCGGCACCUUCUACUAAUGGUACUGCGCCUCAGACAACCACCGUGAAUAGCUACAACAAAGCUACAUCCUUCUUUGACAACAUCUCCAGUGAGGCUCGUGAUCGAGAAGAGGGUACCGGAGGUCGGCCUGGUGGUCGCGAGUGGCGUGGCGAGGAGGAGAAGAGGAACAUUGAGACUUUCGGCCAAGGCAGUGUUGAUGGAUAUCGUAACUACAGAGGCCGGGGCAGGGGAAGGGGCUAUGGCGGACCUCGGAGCAGGGGCGGUUAUAAUCGUGGCUACAAUGCGCGAGGCCGUGGUGGUACAAGGGGAGGUCGCAACGCCUCACAAUCUACCGGUGCCCCGACUCAGAGCUAGUCGUCUUCACUAUUUGACCUCGAACCACUCCAGGAGUACCUACUACGAACGAUAAUCUCUUUUCACAUGGCGAUGGUUUUGUUCUUAUUUCUUUUUGGCAUUUAUCCGGUUAAAGGUGGGAAUAUUCGGUAUCAGCUUGCUUAGUUACUGGCGUUUGUUCAACCUCAACGAUUCGCAUGGGUUGCUUUUAAAGCCUCCGUUUGCAAUACUGAUGGGUCCUUACGAAUUAUCGUGCUUGCACGCUUACUUUGCCUCUUUCUUCCUACGCAAUCGGACAGGGACGGACGCGACAGUGCGGAAAUUCAAUCAAUACUUGAUGAGCCAUGGAAUGUCUUUGUACUCUAUUUUGGCAUGACGUGUAUUUGACUGCUUUCAUGUCGUGCACGCCUACCCCCGCGUUUCUUACAACUGAUCUCGCUCUCCUUUCUCGCCAUGGCGGAUUUCUGAUAUUUUCGUUUGAUAUCCUUGAACAAUUUGGUUUUCUCAUUGAUUCACUCUUUGAGAACUCCGUGUCAGGUUAACUAGGUAGUUGGCCAUCCCAGCGGUGGGAUAUGACACCUGGGAACUGACGUUGAUGACAAGCAAUUUCUGUGUAUGAUAAAGAGGGAAAAAAUUAACAAUAAAAAAAAGAUGGCCAUUUGGUCGAUUUGUUUGAUGUCUGGUCGUAAGUUCUGUCGGGUAUUUCAGUAGCUCUAACAUGCUACCAGAUAAUCCCAUCAUUCAUAGACAGCAUAUGCAGGAUCAAUCAGCUUGGUUUUUACUCAUGCAUUGUUUACAUGUUGCUAUCUGCCUGUGGAUAUCUCAGUGACGACAAUAACCACCUUCACCUUCAUUCCCCAGCCUGUUCUCCCCCCAAUCCAAUUCUUCUUCUUGCCCACCUUCUCUAUCUUCUUGGCCAUCCGUUCCAGGACUUCCUUCGUUCUCAUCUGAUCAGAACUGAGAUGUUGCAUGGUAAAUGUAAGCUCGACCCCGAACUUGUCGCCUUUCUUGCCCAGAUCCGUGACCAAUCGAGCUGACGCCCAAACGCGCGGUCGAAGAGAAUCCAUGAUACCAGUUGGAUAGAGCUUCCCUACUACGAGACCUAUUCUGGCCAUGUAACUAAUCCACCAUACUUCUUCGGGAGUCAGCAGGCUUCGCAGCUCCGAUUUGACUUUAUCCUCUCGCGGCGGCAGUUCGCCAUCAUAUCUAUCUUCGAGCAACAGGGCUAAUCUGGCACGGUCCUCGUGGGAUAUUCCAUGCGCAUAGGCAAGGAUUCCUGUGCUGGUACUAUACAGGGCUGUGGUGGACGCGAGCUCCUUGGGUAAAUAGGCGUGUGCGUACAAGACGUUGGCGAACGACUGGAUCAAGUGGACGUUGAGCGUGUUUGGCCAACAUCGUUGGCUAUCUGGUAUGGCGGGGGGGUUGCAGCCAAAAAGAAAUGGCCGAUUAAUCCAGCUGAGGGUUUUCGAAAUGAAGACGUUGCAACCUCGAGAGGAUCCUGUUGUCGGAUCACAGGGGUAAGCUGGCUGUACAGGAUUCCCUCGCGGAUUCCUCCCUGACAGAAGCGUGCCUCCUUGAUUCCGUACGGGACAGAUUCAGCUAGGGCGUUCACGAGGAAUGCGACGGCGGGUACUUGCUUUCGGCGAUGAUCGGAGACGCGAAAUAUUUUAUGGGCUGUCCGAGCUACUUCCUUCAACGUCCGUGUGUUUGCGAAUUCGUCUCUUCCAGCUCGAUACCCAUUGAUGAUUGAUAUGGGAUAAUGUCGACCCCGAGUCUGGUGGAGGUAAAGAAGAAGAUACCCCCAUCCGCGAAAGCCGCCACCGGACAUGUACAGCUGAAAGCCUCCUUCCUUCCUGGCCUUGUCAACAAGAGACUCCGGAAUCUGAAGUUUCUCAUACGCAUCAAGGAAAGUCCGCUUCAUCUCCUGCUGGAACUUCUUCACGGCACGAUCCGCCUCCUUAUCCCUCCCCUUCUGCAACUCAGAUAGCUUCUUCGAAAGCGCCCC